GGUGGUAGUGGCGGCGGUGGCAGGCAGAGCGCGCGGGAGUCCCUGUCGGUGAUCGUGCCGCCUCAGGACGUGGACGUGGACUCGCGCGACGCCGACUCGGAGCUGCUCAGUCCGGGAAAGCUAACGCCGACCUCGGGGAUUAGCGUGUCGGUCGCGAGUAUGAUCGACGCGACGGACUUCAGGGCGAUGCAGCCGGAGCCGACGUAUCAGACACUAACCUCGGUAGCUGAGAGGAUGUCGCCACCCGGCUUCAGUCCAGGCUCCUCGUACGCGACUCUGACGCCGCUGCAGCCGUUACCGCCGAUCUCCACCAUGAGCGACAAGUUCGUGUACGGCGGUCACGCUGCCGGCGGCGUCACCGGCAGUUUCGCCGUUAUGCAGAACAACGGCCUGGGUAACAUCGGCCUCGGUAUGGGCGGCUCGCCGUACGCGUACGACAAGCUACCCACCAUGGGUAUGUCGCCGCCGCACAACUAUCCUUCGCCCGGCGCGGGAUUGCAGCCGAGUCCGCUGUCGCCGCAGAGCGCGUACAGCCAGAGCGGCCUCAAUUCACCGCACAAGUCCGCGAGUCCUCACUACGACCCGGCUUUUUUGCCGCGACUGCAGCAGAGCCCGGCGGCGCUCAGCCCGUCUUCGCCGCCGGCCGUCUCGGCGACCGCGAGUUUCGCGCCAUCGCAUCAUUCACCGCCCACGCACUCGGUACCGGCUGCUUCGCCGCCGCCGAUGCAGACGCAGCUGCAGCAGCAGCAGCAGCAGCAGCAGCAACAGCAGCAGCAGCAACAGCAGCAACAGCAGCAGCAACAGCAGCAGCAGCAGCAGCAACAGCAGCAGCAGCAGCAGCAGCAGCAGCAGUCGAUGCUGCAACAGACGAUAUCGCACACGCAGCACGUGCAACACACGUCGGUGGUGAUGAAGACGGUGUCGGCGGCGGGCAACGGCGCCGGCGAGGUCGAGGAGAUCAACACAAAGGAACUGGCGCAGCGGAUCAGCGCGGAGCUCAAGAGGUACAGCAUACCGCAGGCGAUCUUCGCGCAACGUGUGCUCUGUCGCAGCCAGGGCACGCUCAGCGACCUGCUGCGCAACCCGAAGCCCUGGUCCAAGCUCAAGAGCGGCCGCGAGACCUUCCGGCGGAUGUGGAAGUGGCUGCAGGAGCCCGAGAUACAGAGAAUGUCGGCCUUACGGCUAGCAGCCCUGAGCAACUGCUCUGAGAGCGGAGGCGAGCCGGACGCAAUGCUGGAUAUCCACCACCCAGGAACCGGGAUCGACUCGCACCACCAACAGUUUCACAACUCCUAUGCAUGCAAGAGGAAAGACGAGAUGGCGAGCCAGGCAGAACACCAACAGCCCGCCCCCAAGAAACCGCGGCUGGUUUUCACAGACCUUCAGCGCCGUACUCUACAGGCUAUUUUUAAAGAGACCAAGAGGCCGUCGAAGGAGAUGCAGGUGACAAUCGCGAGGCAGUUGGGCCUGGAACCGACGACGGUCGGGAACUUCUUCAUGAACGCUCGACGCCGCUCGAUGGACAAGUGGAAGGACGAGGAUCCGAAGACGGUGGCGGUCGAGGAGGAACAGUUGUCGCCCACGAUAGCCAUCGGCCAGCGCCAACCGAGCGACGUUUUGUGACACACGUCCGACCACGAGGAGUAUCACGACGAGUCGCCCGAGGAGGACCUGCCCUUCUCGUAAGGGCGGCGAAAUCACCUCGUGGGACGCGCUCUCGCCCGACCACGCGUUCGAUCACGAGGGUCACCGUAGCUGCGCGUUCUCUCAGAACUCUCCUUCUCGCACUGUCACACAGUUCCUCUCCGACGACGCGCUCUGUCAGCGCGCGGUCGGAGACUCCUUUGGGGUGGUUUAUUAAAUCGCGUCAACUCCUUAAUUCAUUCGUUUGCUCGCGGUAUUUCGUUCGUUUGUUCUCGCUCGUUCGUGUGAUACGAUUAAGUUUCUAUUAGCGUCUAUUGCGUUGUUGUCGAUCGCCGAUUCCACCGCCGCCGGCGAAGGAGACGGCCGGCGUUACGAGGCGAAAUUCGCGGAUCUCCGUGAGACUUCCGAGCGGGUCACGAUCUCACGGACGAUUAUUUUGCGUUCAAAUGGAGCGAAACGCCCAAUUACACUGAGAAAGGGACACUUGAAAACUUCUUUUGCGCGCGGGACAUAAAGUUCCUUCGCAGAAAUAAACCUUACUUCACCGAAGCGGACUUUAUAUCUCAUGAAUAAAUUUUCGAGUAUUCUUCUUCUCAGUGUAUUGCCGAGCCCCUCUCUCUCUCUUUGACAACUCGGUUUUUCUGAAGCGUCAAUGACUAAGAGGGUUCGUCGGUGAAGAGGCGGUUUGCCCCAAUCUUUGGCGGAGAUCUCGCGCGAGAAAUUCUCAAUUACAACGUCCUCUCUGAUUCACCCGGUGGAGAAGGGGAGGUGAGCCGCGCUGAAUCGACGACCCACGGAUCGAACUUUCGUAGAUCGAGCUGCGCGUCGCAGGGGUGAGAGCGUCCCCCCAGCCGCUGGUUGCGAUCGAUCAUCACGAUCAUCUUUCUUUCGCGAAGCGAUCCCGCCGACCGCGGACUGCACCUCACAGUAUCUAAUCCUGCGUUCCUAAGCUAGUGAAUUUCCGAGCGUUGCGCGAUCGGCAGACCGAUCUACCGAUAGAGGCUCUCGAGUCAAUGCUUAAAGUCGAGAUACGGGCGACUAGAGGAAGGAAGAGACAGAGAGAAAGGCGACAACUCGCGGCUCUCGUCUCGGCUUUGAGCAGCUCUCGCAAACUUCGUGCCAUAGUUUGCCAUAUUAGCGUAUAAGUUAUGUUCCCAUACGAUUAGCACGCGGGCCUCGCGUCCGACUCGGUGGUCCCCGUGCGCUUCUAGUCCCAAUGCAAGGCGCGAGCGAGCGAGGACGGAACGUCCGCGUUGAUCGCGAGGCGGGCCCUCACGUUUCUUCUAGUCAAAAUUCGGAAGCUUUUCUGAGUUUGCACCUGCGCCCGCGCGCCCGGAGGGUCGCUUUCCGGCGGAGAAAGAGAGAGAGAGAGAGAGAGAGAAAGUGCUUUUGAGCCGGCGAGUUCGCGACGUGUGUCGUGCCGAAAACAUGGCGUUCUAGUUUGUAUAACGCGGGCCGACAGUUCGCGACCCUUUGUUGACUUUGUUAACCCCCCUUCUCCUCCCUCCGUUUUUCCCCAUUUUCCCCCUCAUAGGACGGACCGCCGCUUCAAGCGCGUCUCGCGCGGCGGAGCUUGAUCUCGUAGAAGAUGCGGAAUGCUUCUCGCGUUUAUCGCGCGGAACUUUCAGCCACUCCCCGACAAUCGCGAACGACCGUCACGCUUGUUCGCAUUUUCUUUUCUUUUCUUCGCUUUGAACGAGUUCGAGAUCGAGCCGCUGCGCUGAGUAGUUGCCGCGAUGCGCCGACGAAGACGUGACUGAAGCAGCGCGACUCUUUGCGAUCGGCAGAGAAUUUUUUCGAUCGCGCCUCGACGAAUAGUUUCGUUCGCGCAGAUGGUGCAUUGCUGUGUCGAAAAGUCCGCGGUGUCUCGCGCAGGACGCGCGUCAGGAUGCGCUCCCUCCAUCUGUCUCGGUUGCGAACCGAGUCGCCUCUUCCCUCGACGCGAAUUUCGCGACACUCUCUCGACGUUGAGUCUGUCUUGCGACGACGAAAUCCGGAGAGUGACGUCUCUGUCCAUUGACAACCAUUACUGACAACCAUUAACGAUUCGCUGCGAAUAACGAUGAGCAGCAGGAGGACCGGACGGAGGGAGAGCGUGACCUUUAACGCGCAUCAUCCUGCGUUUACCGAAUAAAAAUCGAAUCGGUCGUCCGUUUCCCCUCGCGAAAGGGGGUUAAUCGGCGUUUUCGACGGGUACGAGUGGCGCGAGAGAAAGAGGGAGAGAGAAAAAGAGAGAAAGUGAGAGGGAGAAAGGAGAGAGAGAAAGAGAGAGAAAAAAGGGGUUUGAUGAUGAUCGCGCAAUCAGCGGCGCCGAAUGCGCGACCAACUCGUCGUGUCCCUUGCUGGUCAGACGAAAUGUGAACCAAUUUUCAAAGUGGCUUCGUGUGAGGGUGCACGUGCCACACACACACAAGUGAUAUAUAUAUGUAUGUAUAAACAUGUAUAUCAGAGUGGACGCUCUUUUGUGCGAACCGAUGGUGGGAGCGGGGAGGAAGGGAGAAGGGGAAAAAGAGAAAGAGAGAGCAAUUUUUAAAACGGAUGGUUGCACUAUAGUGUACGAGAGAGAGAGAGAGAAAGAGAGAACGACAGAGUAUAAGCGAGAAUGUGUGAGAAAGACAGCGUGUGAGAGAGAUAGAGAGACUUUGCGAGCCGCACUCGAUAUCGUACUGCAAUUGUGCUGUGCUAUUGUACAUAUUAAAAAAGGAAAAGGAGUACACGCGACACACUCACUCACACACAGAGACACACAUAACAUAUAGCCGUACACACAACACAUACACAUAAUUUGUACGUGUACGUAUGUAUACAGAUGGACACACACAUAUACACACACACACACACAUACACACACACACACACACACACACACACACACACACACACACACACACACAUACACACACACACUUUUAUUACGUAAGCGGCGUUCGCUAAAGCCGGGCGAAAACGAAUCGGUGUGACGUUUGAUUGCAGAAAAGUGCAUUCCAACCGACUUGCAUCCCGCGUGGCUCUCGCGCAGGGAUCCUUUUUUAAGCUUCGAUGCAACGUCGCGAUCGGCGAGCGAUCGGUUUUGCGAAAUUUCGUACGACAACGCGAGCCACGUUCGCGUUCUUUCAUUUAUGAUGUCUCACAACCCACAAUCUCAACGACGACCAGUCUGGAAUCCGAUUUGCAAUGGACCUUUCCUCGGAGGAGAGAAAUGUUCAAGAAUCAAUAACCUGAGAAUUACAAUUACGAUUGCUAAAAAAAUGAAACAGAAAAACAGUCUUUUGCAAACUAAGCUUCAGGUACGAACGAGUAUUCAUAACAAAGACAAUAUUCCUCGAUUAAUUUCGUGCGAAUCUGAACGAAAUUCCAAUUUGAGGCUUAGCUACGCACCACACGAAAUUGAAAAGCCAUGAAACAUAAAAAUGGUCGCUUCCAUUGAAGGAAAAAUUGACUCCCCAAGACUGGUCGUAGGAAAUUGAUGAUGAGAGAAACUCGGCAUACGAAGAAUCGCAUGAUCGUCGCGUUCGCCUCGGAAUUACGCGCAAUCGUUCGUCUCGGGCGCGCACGCGAAACUCGGUACGUUCCUUUCGCGCGCGCGUCUUUUUCGCAUGUUCACGGCGAUGUUACCUACGGCAUGUUACUUAAUUUAUUUUAGGAUAGAUGAAAAAGCGCCGGCGCGUCCGCGGCUUUAGAAGCCACCACGGUUUCGUCAUCUUGUCACAAGCGCGCGUAAUUUAUUGUGUGAUAAUUUUGUAAUGUUACAUCUCGACCCCCUUUAGUGUGUGCAUGGCGACCUCGAGGUAUGUUACCGCUUUCGUGCAACAACAACAACAGCAGCAGCAACAACCUCCUUUCUUAAGAGAAAAACGUAAGAAACAACACGAGGAAAAAAAUCCGAGAGGAAGCGGGGGAAGAGGAAGAGGAGACGGACGGGGGAUGAGGAAGAGGACGACGAAGAAGCAGAGGAAGGAAUCAGAGUACACCAACACGUUUCUCCUCGUUGCACCGAAUUAAUUAGCGUUUCCCGAGCGAACACAAGCGCUCACACUUAAUUAUUUAUUGCUAAUUUAUCAGGAACGGUCUCAAAUAAACGGUCAUUCAAA